GACAGGUCAGGCUGUGGGGAGGGGCAGAGCCCAGGCCAAGGUCCAGGGAGGCCUGCCACCUCGCCGCCCACCUACCCUACUGCCUGUCUGCUUGGCAGCCAUGGCAAGCCCUGAGUUCUCAUCACUGGAGCGGAGUCUGGAGGAGAAUCUGCCCCCAGACGAUCUCAAGAAUGUCCAGAGAAUCCUGUUUGGGAGAGAGACCAGGAAGCUCAGCCUGCCCCCCGGUGUCCUGGCCGCUGCCGCUCAGCGGGACUUUGAGCUGUUAGCCUUUGCGUUUGAGGCCUCUGAGGAGCAGCUGAGGUCGCCCAGGGCCGUCCGCGUGGGGCUCGUGCAGAACCGCAUCCGACUUCCUCCAGAUGCCCCGGUGGCUGAGCAGGUGGGCGCCCUGCACCGACGCAUCCAGGAGAUCUUGGAGGUGGCUGCCCAGUGCGGGGUGAACGUGGUCUGCUUCCAGGAGGCCUGGACCAUGCCCUUUGCUUUCUGCACGAGAGAGAAGCUCCCCUGGACAGAAUUUGCUGAGUCUGCAGAGGAUGGUCCAACCACCAGGCUCUGCCAAAAGCUGGCAAAGACCCACAACAUGGUGAUCGUGUCUCCCAUCCUGGAGCGUGAUGAGGCCCACGGGGACGUCCUGUGGAACACCGCGGUGGUCAUUUCCAAUUCCGGUGCCGUGUUGGGCAAGACUCGGAAGAACCACAUCCCACGCGUGGGAGACUUCAAUGAGGCCACGUACUACAUGGAAGGAACCUUGGGUCACCCCGUGUUCCAGACUGCCUUCGGGCGGAUCGCCGUGAACAUCUGCUAUGGCCGCCAUCACCCCCUCAACUGGCUCAUGUACAGCCUGAACGGGGCCCAGAUCAUCUUCAACCCCUCGGCCACCAUCGGAGAGCUCAGUGAAUCCCUGUGGCCCAUUGAGGCAAGGAAUGCAGCCAUCGCGAACCAUUGUUUCACCUGUGCCAUCAACCGAGUGGGAGUGGAGCACUUUCCUAGAGAGUUCACGUCUGGGGAUGGAAGGCCAGCCCCCAAGUGCUCUCGCUUCCUCUGGGUCUCUGAAGCCCACCAUGACUUCGGCUACUUCUACGGCUCGAGCUACGUGAGUGCGCCAGAUGGCCGCCGGACCCCAGGACUGUCCCGCACCAGAGAUGGGCUGCUGGUGGCUGAGCUGGACCUCAACCUCUGCCGGCAGAUGGGCGAUACCUGGAACUUUAAGAUGACCGGGCGAUACAGGAUGUAUGCAGAAGAGCUGGCCAAGGCGACCCAGCCGGACUACAGGCCCCACAUCAUUAAAGAGUAGAAGCCCAGGCCGGCCAGGCCCCGACAGAAGCCUCACUGAAGAGCCCCGGCUCCGUUUCUGUCCCUCCCUCCCUGCCUCUGUCUGCCUCACCUGGCCCAUGCUGGCUGAGGCCCAGAGGCCAGGCCUGGGGCUCCUCUCCCUCUAGCCCAGGGCUGCCUGAAGCCCCCUGGGGGCAGGUGGUUUAUUGGUGGCACUAGCCUGGGCCCAGAUCCAAGGCCCCAGUGGGCUGCCCUCCUGUUGGGGGUAACAGUGAGAGCCCCAAGGAGCCCAUCUUUCCUCCAGGCAGAUGCUGGAGCUCAUGUUGGCCCGUGUAUAAAGGCUCUUGUAUACAGGAGGUGCCUAAUAAACAUCUGGAGAAACCAA